GUAGUUACCAUAUAUGAUUUUGAAAAAUCGUGUUUUUUAAACAAAGUUAAUUUUAUUAGCCUAAUUGUAGUAAAAAAUAGUGUUGACAACUUUUUAUUUGACAAAUUUUGUUACAUGACGUCAUUUACUCAAAUGUUCAUUUCUAAUUUCUAGAAGUGAUCUUUCUUUCAAGGCCACAGGGGAUCUGCAGCAGAUUUGUCUUCAAGUCGAGGGUCCUCUGUGUGUGCCUGCUCGGUGUUUGUGGCGUAAAUAAACUUAUUUUUGUGUCAUCUUUUUGUCAGUUCGUCACUUAUUCCUUACAACCAUGGCCUGUGACAGUGACGUUGAAAUUAUUGAGGAUUCUUGCGAAAACAAGGGAAACAAGAUGGAUCUCGGUGGAGAGGACGAUGAUGUUAUGAUCAUCGAGUCAAUGGAAGAAAAUGUGCUUUCACAAGAGGAGCAGAUUGAGCGAAAUAAGAAGCUCGCCGAGAAGAAAAAAGAAGAGGGAAAUCUUUCAUACACCGCCAAGAAAUACCAGCAGGCACUAGAGCUUUACUCGCAGGCCAUCGACCUGUGUCCACAAUGCGCCGCCUACCACAACAACCGAUCGGCGUGUCUGCUGAUGCUCGGGCAGUAUCGGCAGGCGCUCCACGAGGCGCGCGAGGCCGUCCGACUCGACAGCAAAUACGUCAAGGGCCUGCUGCGCGUGGCCAAAUGCCAGGUGAUCUUGGGCGAUGUGGCCGGCGCGGACUCUGCCCUGAAGCAGGUGGCCGCCCUGGACCCGCAGAACGCCAGCUUGGCCACCGAGCGGCGCAACAUGGAUGCUGUGGCGCGGCUCACGCAGGAGCUGGACCUCUCCUGGCAGAAGGGUGACUACCGGCGGGCGCUGUUCUCUGCCGAGCGGGCUCUCACCGUGGCCACUGGCAGCUCCCACCUGCGUGUGCGCCGUGCCGAGUGUCUGGUACUGCUCGGACGGUACUCGGAGGCGCAGGACAUCGUGCACGACAUGCUGCGCGCUGACAGUAUGAACGCGGACGCGCUGUACGUGCGCGGCAUGUGUCUCUACUACCAGGACGACGUGGACAAGGCGUUCAACCACUUCCAGCAGGUACUGAGGCUGGCGCCCGACCACCAGCGCGCCCGUCAGGUCUACAGGCAAGCCAAGAACCUCAAGACCAAGAAGGAGGAGGGUAACCUGGCGUUCAAGAAGGGCAGCAUGCCCGAGGCGCUGCAGCUCUACACUGAGGCGCUGGAGAUCGACCCGCUCAACAAGGCUACUAACGCCAAACUGUACUGCAACCGAGCCACGGCUCAGGCGCGCCUCGGCAACAACCAGGAGGCCAUUGCCGACUGCUCGCAGGCGAUCGAUCUCGACUCUGGCUACGUGAAGGCGUACCUGCGCCGCGCCAAGUGUUACAUGCUCACUGAACAAUACGAGGAGGCCGUCCGAGACUACGAGAAGGUGAACACCCUGGACCGCAGCUGCGAGCACCGGCGUCUGCUGCACGAGGCCAAACACGAGCUGAAAAAGUCCAAACGCAAGGACUACUACAAGAUUCUGAACCUGAGCCGAUCGGCCACCACGGACGAGAUUAAGAAGGCGUACAGGAAACAGGCGCUGGUCCACCACCCGGAUCGGCACUCUAGCGCCUCUGAGGAGCACCGUAAGGAGGCCGAGCGCCGCUUCAAGGAUGUCGGUGAGGCGUACAGCGUGCUCUCGGACCGCUCCAAGCGGCUGCGCUACGACAACGGACAGGACCUGGAGGACGGCGACGGCUUCUCCUCUUCGGACGUCGACCACAGCAACAUCUUCCAGGCGUUCUUCGGCGGCGGCGGCCCGCCCGGCGGAUUCCGGUACAGCAACAUGGGCGGCGGCGGCGGCGGCCAGCCAUUCGACUUUGGCGGCGCACACGCCGGCGGGUUCCAGUUCCACUUCGGUUAGGGAACCCCGGCCGCGGCCACGCGCGCCUGCGCAGCAUGAGAGUGUGUUCGGCCGCGACCCGAGUGAGUGAGGUGAGAGUGACCGAGCGAGUGAUGAGUGCAGAGUGAGGUCUGGAGUGUCAAUACUCCAGCCAAGUGAACGGACGGGGUGAAGUGUCGCGAUCAAAAGAUGAGAUGGUUCGAUGCGCUGUGCGUUAGACGAAGAUGUUUGCGCGCUGAGUGAUGGAGUGCGAGGGCGGUGCUGGGCGGUAUGCGAUAUGCGAGCGUCUGUCUCCAGCGGCGGCGCGAUUCUCGCGUUGUAUAUGUCGGAAGGUCAGCGAUAGUGAGUGCUUCUGCUUUUCUGUGUGCGUCGAUGGCCCGUGUCGCGAGUGGUCUCCGGAGUCACGGCGUGUCGCUGUGCCGCAGUGACGACCUAUGGAUGGCUGGUGGGGGAGGGUCAGGUUCAGAGCUGAGCUCUCAGCGUACGUGCUCUGCGCGGGCGCAACGCAAGUCGUGGGCUUUGUCGAUGUGCUGGUCAGACGACUGCUGGCUUUGGCUCGACUUAGAGCCGACUUAUGGCGAACUCGCGAGGCUGAUUAUGGGCCUGUUCCAGCACCUCCAGUAGAAAGGCUUGACUGGAGGCUCUUUUAAUAUGUUUUACUGGAGGCGUAGGAACGCAAUUUUAUAAAAAUAGGUUUAAAAAAUUAUGUGAUUUUCCUUACAUUUCAAUAGUAAAAUUAAUCUUUCUUUAAUCCUUUCUUUACGUUCAUAAUCGUCACAUGUGCGCCAUGAUUAUAGACCAGAGCCUCCAGUCAAAUGUGGACCUCGCAACUGACUGGAGGCUACUGGAGGUUUCUGGAGCUUUGGCGAGAGCUUUCUGAAGCUUACAGGAGGCGCUGGUUCUGGACUGACUGGAGAAUUCUGGAGCUUUCUGGUGUUUUCUAGAGGCGUUGGAACAGGCCCUAUCAUGGUUGGCGCCCUGGCCGCGAUGGGUUGCUGAGGGACGGAAGUGGCGGCGACCUGGUCGGGGCAACCCACCCAGCAGAGUGGGCGGUCUCACGGGAAAUCGCCCGCCGCUAGUUUUAUACCGUUACCAAAUAACUUUUCGAUGAAAAUCUACAGUAACUGAGUACCAUGGAUUCUGUUGUAAGAAACCUGUGCUUGCUGGUCCAUAAUCCGUAUGCUUGUUGGUAUUUCAUAUUUCGUUCGUAGUCUUCAAUUGCUGAAUUAAUUUAACCGAGAUACAUCGCCUAUUAGAACCCUGGAGGUGUGUCACGGACGCUGGCCGGUCGUCGAACAGGGUCGGGUUCGACCCGACUGUGGGCGUCUCGGUUCAUAAUGUACUGACCUGUUCAGAAGCCGAGUGCUCAGUGCUAGCGGUAACACCCUGUGCGGCACGAACGGUGAGCCGGUGGCCGAUUUCAGCUGGAGACGGUGAUCGCUGCGCGGGAUGAGCGUUGUGUUCAUUCUCUCGCGUCUGGUGACAACUUUCCGUACCGUGAGCGGUCAAUACAUAACCCUGAGAAA